ACGAAUUUGACUGGAGAUUUAUUUUUGUUGAGUUCUACUGAGUUGUUGCUUUUGGAAGAUGAAAGAAGAUACAAAAUACUUUAUAUUUGGCUGUAUCGCUAUUACCGGGGGAAUUUUGAUUAACUUGACUUUCGGUUACUUCUACACUGUUGCUAAUAUGGUACCCUACAUAAUGGGAUAUGUACAAACGGCAAUAGAUCCUCACAUAUCCAAUCAAGCUUCAAUAUGGCUAUCAGCUAUUGCUUUAGCAGUUCAAGGUAUUUCAAUGCCUGUUGGUGGCAUAAUAGCUGAUAAAUUGGGAUUUAGAGUAGUGGUUGCAGUGAGCUGUCUUACAAUGAGUGGUGGAGUUAUUUUGACUUACUUUACAAUACGAACAACUUAUGUUGGCGUGGUUAUAACCUAUGCAGUUUUAAUGGGGUCUGGUUUGGGACUUGGAUACUCAGUAGUAUUGACAGUUUCAGCUUCGUGGUUCCCAGAUCAUCGCGGCCUAAUUGUUGGAAUGGUGGCCGGCGGGUUCGGUCUUGGAGCGUUGGUUUUCACACCAAUUCAAACAGCACUAAUCAAUCCCAAUAAUGUAAAGGUGAAUAAUGUUACAAGACGAUUUACUGAUCCUGAUGUUUUGGACCGUUUACCGUCAGCAUUUCUCAUACUUGGUGGUAUUUUGCUGGGUAUUCAAGUUAUUGGAUUUGGAUUAUUACGUCCUAAACCUACUUCAAAACGUGCAAGUAGUUCAAACACAGGUAAUCCGAGUUACAGCCCAAAGGCAUCAUCCUCACUUACUGACAAAUCGAGGUUAUCUAGGGAAAUCAAUAUCAGUCCAAAACAAGUUUUUCGUUAUAUUGAUUUUUAUCUGUUAUGGUGCAUAAUGUUCUGUGAUAUAAUACCAAUCACUAUCAUUACUUCUGCGUACAAACUAUUUGGUCAAACAUUUAUUAGCGAUGACAGAUUUUUGUCAGCUGUGGCUACAGCUUCAUCAUUGUUCAACUGUGCAGGACGUAUUAUAUGGGGUGAAAUUGUUGAUCGCGUCUCGUUCAAGCUACCAAUGUGCACAAUGUUACUUACCUGGAGUGUAAUUCUGAUAACAUUUCCGCAUAUCUCUCUGUUGACGGGGACAACAUUAAAAGUUUUUUACACUAUAUGGGUACUACUCUUAUUUUUCACAUUGAGCGGUACAUUUGUUAUUCAGCCUGCGGCAACUGGAACUCUGUUUGGUCCUGUUCAUAUGGCUGUUAAUUAUGGCUUAAUAUUUAGUGCAUUUACUGUAGGAAGCGUUUUAUGUGCAACGGUAACGACAUUUGUGAGCUAUGAAAAUGCAUAUAUAAUCCAGUUUACUGGUUGUGGGUUUGUAUGUUUGUUCGCAUUCUUCCUUGCCUUAUGGAUUAAAGAUCAAAAGAUGCCUGAAAAGGUCAACUGUUGUCAACUGUGUACUGAUACAUGUCGAAGUUUAAGAAUACCUCAGCCUAUUUGUGUAACUGCUGAAGAACUAGAAAGACUUAAUCAGGCUAAUCCAAACAAUUAAAGAAACACGCGAAAAAAAACAAUUCUAACAUGAUUGUUUUAAUCAACUAAGCUAUAGUUAACUUAGGUUCUUUGAAAACAUGAAUAAUUUUUUCCUGCUCAACAACCAUCAAUCGUUUUGUUCUUUUUUUUCUUCGUUAUGUUUACUACAAAAAUUAUUGAGUUUACCAAAUUGUCUGUGAAUUUUAUGAUAAACGGAAUACACCUAUUGAGACAUUAUAAUAUACAGAACAUUUUUUUUCUAAAAACCAUCAGAUUUAGAAAACGACUAAAAAAACAGGAAAAUGAUGCACUUUCAAGUAUACAUAAAUAUGUCAUGUUUAUACCAUCUAUGUUUUUAUUUGAAACUGUGCUCGUAAAUGGAUAAUCUUUUUUAAUUUUCUUGUUUUUAUGCUGUAUUUCUUUAUUUUUUUCUUUAACUGGGAGUAAUUUAAAAGUCACUGUUAUUGCUAAUUUGAAUCUAAUGCUUUAUGUUUUAAUUGGUUAAUAUGUGAUUCGUUCCUAAUAUACAUUAGCGAACAUUUUCAUACUGAAGUAAGAAAUAUAGUUUUAUUAUAAAUGACAUUAUUUGCUUAUAUACACAAAAAUUAAAUCCAGUGAGUUAGCAUCUUUACGAUGAAGUAGUUCACGUAAAUUAUUUGCUUAGUAGUACAAACUUAACUCUGUUACUCUCAUUUUGUUUUAAAUGCUAGUUACCAAGGAAAUCUAUAAGGAAUUGUGUAACAGCAUAGUUGCAGCACAGUUGGUGUGAUUAAAUCCCCAAGAAUAUGGAUAGAUGUAAUGUAGGAUAUGAUUUACAUACUUUGAAGUAUAUGAUAACUUAGAUGAAGUCAAUUAUAUAAUAAUGAGCUGGAUAGUAAUCAGAAAAAAGCUUAGUACCUGGGACAGUCAUUUACGGGAGCUGAAAUUUAGUAUACAUCUUUUUAAAGGUGAUUUUAA